AUGUCUUCUGGUACGAAGCUCGGUGCCGAGAAAUCAGAAAAUCUUGUUUCGAGGAGGUCUAAUGCAAAUUUAGGUGCUGAUGCACUUCAAUCUCGUCGUUCAAUGGCAAAUAUGGCCAACAUCUUCGCAUCCCACACAUCAAUGCGUUCCAUGAGGUCUAUGGCUUCAAUGGGACUUCAACCAAAUGGUGCUCCACUCGAUCAAGCACAUCUUACGCCAAAAGAACUUGCAGUUCAGCAUACAAGAACAUUAACGAUUGGAGAUCCACAAGCUCCAAAGAAUGUCGUCCGCUACAAUUUCAGAACACAUGCAUUCGAUGAAAUUCAUGAUCCUAAUGCAACAAUUAUGUCAUGCGAAAGAAUUAGCCACAUUGCUCCAGUAUCAGCUCUUCAGAGCGUUAUAGAGAGCAAGAAGGGCGGAGCCGGAGAAGAAGAAGAGGAAGACAAGGGCGAGGAGAAGGUCCUUCGUAACCAAUUCAACUUCUCAGAGCGUGCAACUCAAGGAUACGUUAUUGAAUACAUUGACGAAGGUACAUUGACAGAAGCUCCAGUUCCAAAGGAUUCUACAGGAUCUACCAACCAGCGUGAUAUCGCAGCUUACUACACAACUCACAUGCAACAGCCACCUUUGUAUCCAAAGCCACACGACGCCUCCGCAGUCAUCCGCGUCAUGGAGCGUGUCGUCAACCAGAACAUGGAUCCAAACGUCUGCUGCGACUUCAAAUACUACGAUGAUCUUCGUGACUCAACAGAUCCACAGCACAGCUUCACACUUCCUCUCUGGGAGUUCAAGUCAGACCUUGUAUCCGGUUUCCAGGUCACAGCCCUCGAAUGGAACCCUUCUGUCCACGAUUUGUUCGCUGUUGCUUAUUCCUGCUUAGCAACGGACAAGACCCCAGGCAGAGGAUAUGUCUGCACAUGGACACUCAAGAACCACUCAACACCUCGUAAUAUUCUUGAAUUACCUGACCGCGCCACAGCUAUUGACUGGUGCAAGACACAGCCAUCAAUUCUCGCUGUUGGUACAGCUGAUGGUAACAUUUCUAUCUACGAUGUUCGCUCUCGUGGUACUCUUCCUAUUUUCUCAACACAAAAAUUACUCGAUCGCCACCAGACAGCAAUUACAGUCAUCCGCUGGCAGCCACUUGACUCCUCCGGAAACCUCAAUCUCGUUUCCGCAGGUCUCGAUGGUCGCAUUCUCCAGUGGACUCUCAUUCAAUCAGAAAUGAAGGUCACAGAGAUCUCAAAGAUCAACGCCGGCAUUGUAUCUCUCGAUUACUACAACGAAUCAUCAACACACUUCGUUGCUGCCGCUGAUGACGGCCACAUUUACGAAAUCCUUAGAACAAGGACAACACAAGCUCCAUCCAGCUUCCCAGCACAUUCACCACCAUGCGCACAGAUCUGCUACAACAAGUUCCACAAGGACGUCUUCAUUACAUGCGGUACAGAUUGGCAAAUUAAGAUUUGGAGGAACGGCCAGAAGAACACACCACUCCAGAUCUUCGAUUUCGCUCCCAACUCCAUCAACGACAUCAAGUGGGCUCCUCACAGCUCAACAGUUUUCGCCGCAGUUUCAUCCGACGGCGUUCUUUACAUUUACGAUAUCGCAAUCAACCGCUUCCAGCCAAUCUGCACAACAGACAUCCUCGAAAUCAACGAGGGCCAGCUCACAUCUGUCUCAUUCCACCCGAAGUGGCCAGUCAUCCUUGUCGGCAGCGAGAAGGGAAGAGUUUUCUCCCUCAAGCUCUCUCCAAACCUCCGCAAGAACACAAAGACUGUCAAGGAGGAACUCGAGCGCAGCAAGAUGACAAAGUCUUCUUCGAAGUCACAGUCUUCAAGAGGACUUCUCCCAGAUCUCACACAGCCACCGGACGAGGACCAGGAAGAAGGUGGUGCUGCUGCAGGAGAAGAAGACGGAGCUAAGCACGAAGAGCUCGUCAAUGAUGAAACAGAGAAGUUCAUCAAUGUUAUGGGCGUCUCCUGGAUAAAGGAAGAGACUGCUCAACCUGUUCAGGACAAGAAGGCUGAAGAAUAA